AUGCGGAGCUUUGUCAUCAGCCUUUUGUUGCCUCUCCAAGUGGCAGCAGUUUGCCUUGUUAAUGGCACAGAACCCGCCGAUCGCAAGAACCUCGUCAAUCCCAAUGGUGAGACCUAUCCUUUGGGAAUGUGGGUGAACAAUUGGGGUGCGGGUUGGGUCGCCAACUACCUCGCCGGCAUCAUCAUCGAGGAGAUGCUUGGCAUCCACGUGAGCUACAAUGGUCCGGGGCCCGCCACUCCGGAGGGUUACUAUGCGAUCGCAGGGUGUAGCAACCCCGCCAACGUGGACGACCGCGGGUGUGAUGCAGAGGUCACCUACAACCAUGUGAACAUGGAGCUGUGGGAAGGGUAUACACAACUGUGGAACAGCAUUCAGAAGGAUUACAAGUCCAAGGCCCCGAAAUUGCUCAGCUCGAUGGGCUAUGAUGGAAAAACCUCGAUUUACUUGGGCAAAGAUCGUCAAAAUGAAGCAGCUCAAGCAGAGGGCCUUCCUUUGGAAUACUACACUUCUUUCGAUGCUGACUGGAAGCAGCCGUGGAAGUACUUUGACAACAUCUCAGUCAUUGAUAAGUCCAUGCUUUGGCGCUGCAAUGAGACGAACUUUGCAAUCGAUUCCCAUAUGCGGGGCUACUAUACACAGACAGGGGACAGUGGUGGGGUGGUGAUUUCGGGUGACUCCAUCACUGGGCUCUGUCCAGACGAGUACUUCUGGCUUGGCCUCAAGUGUCGAAGCAACCCCCUUUUGUGCAUCCCAUACUUCACCGGCGGCAAUGGUUGGAGCAUCAACGACAUCAUGCAGAAGACAGCCUUCUGGAACAUUCCACUAGCAAUCGCAGUUGCAAAGUCAUGGGGCUCCUUCUCGCAACUGCCCUUGAUGGUCAAGUCCACCUUUUACUGGUGGGUGCCGGACCCGACUUUCUUGGAUUUGUCCCCACUCGAGAUGAUCUUCCCACCCUAUGACCGAACCGCACGGGCGGCUGGAAACUACCGAUCCGGUGAUGCGGCAACGACUGUGUCAAAAGGAGUGAGCAAAGAUUUGUUUUCCUUGGCCCCGCGGGUGGAGAAAUUCUUGGACAAUCUGCAGAUUGAUCUUAGCAUGAUGAACGCCAUGCUCCUUGACCAGAAGCAGACCCAAGACUCUUGGGAGAACGUUACAUGCCGCUGGCUCAGGGCAAAUGAAGACAUUUGGCAAAGCUGGUUGCCAGACGAUACCACUUGCUUUGCUGGCUUUGGUCUCUUCGACGAUGCCACCAAUGACUUUGCAACAGAUCGCACCGUUCGUGAAAACAAACGGUGCCAGGCUUGUCCAAGCGGGACCUUUUCCAGUCAAUUGGUCGAUUUGGCGGGUGUGACCUACAUUUGUGUGGCAUGCCCUCCCGGCACCAGCCAAGCCUCCGGAGCUUCUUUGAUGUGUGAUCCUUGUGACAAGGGUUCCUACCAAGACGAAACUGGCAAGCAAGCUUGCAAGCGUUGCCCCGUGGCUCAAUAUCAAGACGAAGAGGGCGGUGCUCAAUGCAAGCAGUGCCCUACUGGAAGUCGAACACUUGGCUUGGGGUCUUCCUACUUCACGGACUGUGGCUGUGAUGAGGGAAGCAUCGACAUCUCCACAACUCCGGGUACUUUGAUUUGCUCCACUUGCCAAGAAGGCUUGCAUUGCCCAGUGAUGGGAACCCUGCCCAGCUUCAUGUCUGGCACUCAUCCCUUGGGUGCUGAGUACCAACCAGCUGUGGUCGAAGGCUACUACGUGAAGCAAGAGGACCCCUUGGAGGUCUACAAAUGUGGGAAAAUCUUCCAUUGUCCUGGUGGCUUGCCGCAAACCUGUGCCGGUGGUCGCGAGGGUAUCCCCUGCGCAGAGUGUCCGGCAGGAAGGACAUGGACGGAGGGAUCGUGCAAAAUGUGUGAAAGCUGGAGACAAGUUCUUUGGGGGUUCAGUGUGGUGGGCAUCUUCCUGUUCAUGACCGUCUCCUACUACCUGAUGACCUCCAAGGUGACGGCAAAGGCGUCUGUUCUCUUUACCACCACCUGCGCCUUUGGAAUGCUCGUCUCUUUGCUUCAGAGUGUCGGUAUCAUCGGAAUGAUGACGGUGGAAUGGCCCGUGGAUCUCAAAGGCUUCUUUUCCUACUUCCAGCUUCUCUUGUUGGACUUGGACAGCUUCGGCUUCGCCUGCUUCGCAGGAGCUGAGACCUCCUUCCGCUACGUGUUCAGCGUGAUGUUCUUCCCCACAGUGGUUUUCUGGAUGUUCUCCAAUUACCUGGUGUCUCAGCUCAUCCCCAAGCGCAGCUGGGACUGGACCAAGGUUCUCAGCUGCGUGGGCCAGUUCUUACAGGUGACAUUCUCCACCAUGUCAACGAUCGCGCUUGCGCCUUUGAUGUGCUAUACCCACCCAAAUGGGCUGCAGAGCAUCCUGAAGUAUCCCAAUGUGAUCUGCGGCGAGAGUGAGCACGUGGUCAUGCUUGCAGGUGGCGUGACACUCUUGGUGGUGGGUGUCCUCGGUUUCCUCACCUUGUGCACCUACGCGGCAGUCCAAGUGCCGCACUGGAGUGCAAGGGAGCAGCACGCCCGUGUUCGUGCCUUCCGCUUCUUGGUCUUCCGAUUUCGCUUGGAUUCCUGGUGGUUCGGAGUGCCACUUCUGACACGAGGACCUUUGAUCUCCUUGCCCAUUGUGCUUGCAACAGACUAUCCUCCGAUCCAGACCAUUUGGGUCACCGUCAUUCUUGCAAGCUUUCUGGCGGUCCAGACCCUGGCAUGGCCUUGGAAGGUGCCAUUGCUCAAUGCCUUGGACUGCUGGAUGUCCUACUGCAUUCUCAUCCUCGUGGCCGGCUCUGCCUUGUACCUGGAACCGAUUUCCAAAGGAGUGACCAGUGACUUCACCGAUGGUUUCAGCAUGGUCCUCAUGGUGAUCAUAUUUAGCUCGAUUGGAGUCAUGGUCCUCAUGUCCUUGGCGGCCUUGGUGCAUCGGGCAGCGAUGGGUGGCACCAAGGAGUAUGCUGUCUUCAACCUCACCAGGAGCAAGGCAUGA